AUGGCUGUUGAAGAAACAGAGAAGAAGAACAACAAAGAAAGCAAAGAAGAGAAUCAAGAGAUAGAGCUUCAUAGGAACGACUUAGGCCUCGAGGAUUCAUCAUCUCCAGUUAUAGCUUCAGAUACAGACAAUAGCAGCAGUAAUUACAGUAGUUUCAGCUCGUGCUCGUCUGAUGAUAAAACAUCAUCAUCACCGUCGCCAUUUUCAAUCACUCCAGACAAAAACGUUUCGUCUUCUUCUUACCAAGGUCUUCAAUGGAACAAAAUGAUUGAAUCCAUCAAGAAGAAGUCCGUACGGCGGUUCGCAGUCCUUCCCCUCCUCGCAAGUUACGAGCUCAAGCGUAAAAACUUGCGGCGUAAGCAACCAAAGAUCUCAAUCUCUGAGAAUGUCUUCCCUUGCGAUACCUUCUUCAUGGCUAAACCCUCUUGGCGAAACUUCACCUACGAGGAGCUCGCUGUAGCCACCGACCAUUUCAAUCCUGAGAACAUGAUCGGGAAAGGAGGGCAUGCGGAGGUAUACAAAGGGGUUUUAGCAGAUGGUGAAACGGUGGCGAUAAAGAAGCUGAUGAGUCACGCAAAGGAAGAAGAAGAGAGAGUGAGUGAUUUCCUGUCAGAGCUCGGUAUUAUAGCACAUGUAAACCACCAAAACGCAGCUAGGCUUCGCGGUUUCAGCUGUGAUCGCGGUUUCCAUUUUGUGCUUGAGUACGCUCCUCAUGGAAGCCUCGCUACUAUGCUCUUUGAGGAGUGUCUGGAGUGGAAGAUAAGGUAUAAAGUGGCUCUAGGUAUAGCUGAUGGUCUGAGUUAUCUUCACAAUGCUUGCCCUAGACGGAUUAUUCACCGUGACAUCAAAGCUUCCAACAUCUUGCUCAACAGAGAUUACGAAGCUCAGAUUUCGGAUUUUGGACUUGCAAAAUGGCUCCCAGAGAACUGGCCUCAUCAUGUUGUAUUCCCAAUCGAAGGAACAUUCGGAUAUAUGGCUCCAGAGUACUUCAUACACGGCAUUGUUGAUGAGAAGAUAGAUGUGUUUGCCUUUGGGGUUUUGCUUCUAGAGAUCAUAACCAGUCGCAGAGCUGUUGAUACUGCAAGCAGGCAGAGCAUCGUUGCAUGGGCAAAACCUUAUCUGGAGAAGAACAGCAUGGAAGAGAUUGUGGAUCAUCGGCUAGGAAAUGAGUACUGUCCAACAGAGAUGCAACGGGUGAUGCUUACAGCUUCAAUGUGCAUCCAACAUAUAGCUACUCUGCGACCUGACAUGACUCGUUUGGUGCAGCUGUUGCGUGGAGAAGACGGACCAGCAGAGCUGCAGAAGAAGCCAUGUGAAAGAACAGUGGGUGUGAACGCGUGCGAUCUACAAGAUUACACCUCAUCCUCUUACCUCAAUGAGAUCACUCGUCAUAGACAACUCUUGAUGGAGUGA